AUGCCGCGGAGCCACGCCGCUGAAGAGACCCACAGCAGCACCGGGCUCUGGCGAAAAAGCUCCGGGGACCGUCGAGACUUCCCGCUCAAAGAUGUGGAGUCCGGACGGAAGAUCAUGAACAACACGGCGCGUGUGGGGGACUGCGCGCCCCCCGGAGCGACAGGUGUGGGGGACAGAAAGCAGGGCGCCCGGCUCAGUCUGCUGGGGAAACCUCUCACCUACAGCGCGCAGAGCGGCCGGAGGAACGCGCGCUACCGGCGCCUCCAGAAUUACCUCUACAACGUGUUGGAAAGACCGCGGGAGUGGGCCUUUAUCUACCACGCGUUUGUGUUCAUCCUCGUUUUUGGAUGUCUGGUGCUGUCUGUGUUUUCCACCAUCCCGGCGCAUCAGGAGUUCUCCUCUCACUGCCUGCUUAUCCUGGAGUUUGUGAUGAUUGUGGUCUUCGGUCUGGAGUACAUCAUCAGGAUAUGGAGCGCCGGCUGUUGCUGCCGCUACAGAGGUUGGCAGGGACGACUGCGAUUCGCCCGGAAGCCAUUCUGUGUCAUAGACAUCAUCGUGCUCAUCGCUUCCGUCGCCGUGGUUUCAGCUGGUAGUCAGGGAAACAUCUUCGCCACCUCAGCUCUGCGCAGCCUCCGAUUCCUGCAGAUCCUUCGAAUGGUGCGCAUGGACAGAAGGGGAGGGACCUGGAAGCUGCUGGGGUCUGUGGUGUACGCACAUAGUAAGGAGUUGGUGACGGCGUGGUACAUUGGAUUUCUGGUGCUGAUUUUCUCCUCGUUUUUGGUCUAUUUGGUGGAAAAAGAGUUCAACAAAGAGUUUGCCACGUACGCUGAUGCUCUGUGGUGGGGCACGAUCACCUUGACAACCAUUGGCUACGGCGAUAAGACUCCUCAGACGUGGACAGGCCGCCUGCUAUCAGCCGGUUUCGCUUUGUUGGGGAUCUCUUUCUUCGCCCUGCCAGCUGGCAUCCUCGGCUCAGGUUUUGCCCUGAAGGUGCAGGAACAACACCGACAGAAGCAUUUUGAAAAGAGGAGGAACCCAGCUGCUAGUCUGAUCCAGUGUGUCUGGCGUAGUUAUGCUGCUGAUGAGAACUCGGUUUCCAUUGCUACCUGGAAGCCUCAUUUGAAGGCAUUGCAUACCUGCAGCCCCAUCAAGAAAGAGCAGGGAGAGGCUGCCUACAGUCAGAAGUUGAGUUUCAAGGAGCGUGUGCGCAUGGCGAGUCCACGUGGUCAAAGUAUGAAGAGCCGGCAGAUGUCCGUGAAUGACCGCCAGCGCUGUUCCCCCGGUAACGACGUGGGGGGCGGGGCCGAGCUGAUGGGUGGAAGUCCGGCUAAAGUCCAAAAGAGCUGGAGCUUCAACGACCGCACCCGAUUCAGGCCAUCGCUAAGACUCAAGAGCCAGAUACGGACUGCGGUACCUGACGUGGACCCUGGGAUGACCACAGAGGACUCUUUGGACGAGAGAGGCUGCCAUUGUGACGUCACGGUGGAGGAUCUGUCUGCUCCUCUCAAGGCUGUCAUCAGGGCCGUCAGGAUCAUGAAGUUUCACGUUGCAAAGAAGAAGUUUAAAGAAACACUGCGCCCGUACGAUGUGAAGGACGUCAUCGAGCAGUACUCCGCGGGACAUUUGGACAUGCUCUGUCGGAUCAAGAGCCUUCAGACAAGGGUGGACCAAAUCUUGGGAAAAGGACAGAUUUCUGCAGACAAGAAACUAAGAGAAAAACUACAUCAAGAUGGAGACUCGAUGGAGGGCUUGAGCAUGCUGGGACGAGUGUGUAAGGUGGAGAGGCAGGUCAGCUCUAUCGAGUCAAAGUUGGAUUCUCUGCUGGAUGUUUAUCGCCAGGUCCUACAGAAAGGCCCCUCUGCGCUCUCGUCUUUGCCCCUGUUUGAACUGGACAACCACCAAAACCAUAACUCAGACUACCGCUCCUCCCCACACGGACGCGACCUGGGUGGGGGCGGUAGAGAGGGAUGUGAUGGCGUCCGCCGCUCCCAUGGAUCUAACCCCAGGGGCUUGAGACUGAUUUUAGCACCGGCCGAUGAUGAUGUCCCACCAGACUCUGCCCCUCCCUCGUACCCUCCGUCUACUGCUUCCCUGUCUCCAUCUCCACUCCUGCCCCCAGAGAGCCCCUAUCCUACACUGCUAACGCCCAAUGUUUCCUCAAAAAGAUCCCACUUUCCUGACCUGCCGCCGUUGCCCCCCUCCUCGGGACCCUUCACCCUCCAGCUGCCCCCGGUGCUGCACCCCUCCCACUUGCAAUGCCCCUCGGACUCUGUCCCAGAUGAUUUAGAGGCAGAGGAGGGCCGCUUGGGACCUUCUGUAAUAAUUAGGUCUAGCCUGGAUGUGGAUCAGGAGGGUAGUGAGGCAUCCCAAGAAGGGGUUGAGUUGAGGCGUAAACCUGGGUUCAAGGGUGAAAGUGUGUGGAGGAGGCACAUGAGUUUGGAAAUCAACCCCUUACUGCUGCUCUCCUCCAGCCCAGACCGGAGAGCGUCAGACUGGAGAAGUGGUCUGGGGAAGUCCCUGUCUGUGCAUAACCUGAGCCAGGGGCAGAGAGACUGUGGCUUGUCCUCCAGACUCAACAACAGCAGCAGCAGCAGCAGUGAACAGGGCCCUGGAGAGAGCAACUGGGACGACACAGACCUAUUUAUCAGUGAAUGUAAACUGGCUCCUCGUGAAGGACAUUUUAACUUCCUGUCUCCGGCUCCUGAGGGCAGCCGCUCAGAGCCGAGUGUGGAGGGCCUGGCUCCUCACAGCACCUCAGACUUUCUUAGUCAGUCCCCGCACACAGACAAGGCAUAACCACUGACAGGACACUUUUAAACAGUGGUGUAGAACAAAUAUCUCACAAAUGAACAGUUACAUUCAGCAUCUGAUGUUUUAUAUUUUCUUUUAGCUUUGAUAUCUGUACAUAACUUAUUUCAUAAACAAUUCAUUUUAAUACUGUUGUGCUGUAUUAAUAUUGAGCAAAACUGCUACAGAUUUUCACAUUGCCCAAACAAAAAUUAUAUCUAAUACACUAUAUAUCCAUGAGAGAAACCUUUCUGUGUCCAACUUGGUUCCUGACCCUCAAGUUGAGAAGCAAAACUUCAGUUUGAGUUACUGCAUUAGGCUAUAAAGACUUACUAAAGGCCCUAUAGAUGUUUCUUACAAAGGGCCUUUGCUAUUUAUUUUAAUACAAUUAACAACAUUUAACGUGAUCUUAUGUCCACUUAAGCAAUUUACUGAUUGAAAGUAGGUAUUUAUUUAACUUAGCCCUUCUAUUGACAAUCCCUUAUUUUUCAGGGUUUUGGGUGCUCCAUUUGUCUAAUUUAAAGAGUUGCUGCUACUCCUCUAAACCAGCUGGUUCUCAACCUUUUCAGUUGCAACCAUAAACUAUAUCUAUAACCAGUCAAUUGACAUAUGCAACCCCCCAAAAUAAAUGCCUAAUUUCUCAUCUUUUAUUUUCAGGACAUAGGCUACUAGACAUAUAUAAAUUAAAGUGGUACACCAUUGAACAGAAAUCUACAUUUGAGCCCUUAUUUUAGACUAUUGCAUUUCAAUUUUUCAAUAUUUCCCCAUAUCAUCUUUUGUGCUCCAAGGUUGAGAACGACUGCUCAGUAGUGCAGUUGUGGCCUAUUAUAUAUUUCAUAUGUGAAUCUAAAAUACAGAGCAGAACAGUCAGCAUUGUUUUUCCAAAAUUUCAAUGCGUAGCUCAACUAAUAAAAUCUUUUUAUGAUAUUUGAUGGUCCAGUUCUAUGUUCUCACAGCAGUCUUAAUUGGUAGCAUAGCUGGCAUUUAAAUUAACUUGAAUUAACAAAAAUAUUAGUAGUCCUAUUUAGCAAAAUAGAGAUGUCAAUAUAGGCUUAAGUUAUAAAAACUACCCUAUGUCUUUGUGAAAAAGGCUGAUCCUGAAAAUGUGAAAAUAGUUUUCUAGGCCAAAACAAAGACAAAGAAAAACAGGCCAUUCAAAACUCCGUAAGUUCAGUCUGGGCCAUUGUCUGGUCAACUCUAGGCCUAUUUUGAAGUGUACUUUUUAUUAUUUCCAGGGCUUCAGGUUCCAGGCCUAUGGGUUCAGGUCACUGACUUUGGCACGAGCUCCACGGGUCAGUGACGUCACUACACGAACAGCCUUAAUGUACAUUUUUAUUUGAAAUUCAUCCUAAGUUAUUAAAUUGCACGUUAUGUUUGGAAUGACAAAAUGUAAAUUAGUUUUUAAAAAAAGGCCUACUUUAAUAAAG